AUGGCUAUGUUGGCGGUGCAAGGCCAAGUUCCUGUGGUAUCUCUGGCUCAGUUAGGAGAUGGCCCUGUACAGGUGGUUUGUCCUAACUGUCAGCAGGCUGUGGUAACUCGGGUCGAGUUCUCCUCUGGUCUCCUGACGUACCUGUGCUGCGGAGGCCUGUUUCUCUGUGGGUUUGCCUUGGGCUGCUGUCUUAUCCCCUUCUGUGUAGAUCGUCUGAGAGAUGCUAAACACACCUGCUCCAACUGCAAGGCUGUCCUUGGUGUUUACAGACGCUUGUAA